AUGAUUACUCCCUUUUUUACUAAGCUUUCUGGUUCGUCCCUUACUAUUGUUGUUGUAUAUGUUGAUGACAUUCUUGUAACCGGUGAUGAUCUUUCUAAAAUUUUUGCUCUCAAAAAGUUUUUGGAUGACCAAUUCAAGAUUAAGGAUUUGGGAGUUGCUCACUAUUAUUUAGGACUUCAGAUCAUUAAUCAACCUCAAGGGUUACUGGUUAAUCAACAAAAGUUUCUUCCGAAUCUUCUUUCUGAAUUUAACAGUGUUGAUGCUUGCCCUGUGGUAUCUCUUUUGGAUGUUUAUUUUAAACUAUCUGUUGAUUCUGGAGACCUCCUUCCUGAUCCUUCUUUAUUCCGAAAGUUGAUUGAAAAAAUGAAUUUUCUUCAACAUACAUGGCCAGAUAUCUCCUAUAGUGUGCAAUAUCUUAGUCAAUUUAUGUCUAAACCUCGUAUUCCUCAUUUUGCCACUGGUUUACAUGUUUUGAGGUACUUGGCUGGUACUUCUGAUUUGGGGUUGUUGUUUACCAACUCUCCUACUUUUGAUCUUGUUGGCUUUUGUGAUUCUGAUUGGGUUAGCUGCUCUAGCUUCUGUAAAUCUGGCAGUGAUUACAUUUUAUUGUUGGGUGGUAGUCCCAUUUCUUGGAAGUCCAAGAAGCAGUCCACUAUUGCUCUUUCUUCAACUGAAGCUGAAUAUAGAGCUUUGUGA